CACAAAUGGCUGCAGAGUUCAUCAUGAGAAGUUCAGUCGUGGUUAUCGUCUGCAUUUCACAAGUCUUCACUGUCGCCCAAGGCGGCCCCCUGAGGAAGAGGACGGUGAGCGAGGUCCAGCUCAUGCACGACCAUGGCGAGCUCAAACAGGUGCAGCAGCGCCGCGAUUGGUUGCAGGUGAGGCUGCGAGGCCUCCACACCGCGCCGUGGACCAGGAGGAGGUUCUUUCUGGAGGAACUGGGUGGCCUGACAGCAGAGGAGAUCCAGGAAGCUUUGGACGUGUUCGACAAGUUCCUCAACUCCAAACGCUCUUGAUUUCACUACAGUUGGAAUUGUUCCUCUCUUCAUAUGCUCCAAAAUGUUUUUAUUUUGAAUUCCAGUUCAUUUUGUAGUUGUAUUUAUUACAUUGUUAUUUAAGACGCAAUAUGUACGGGCUGAGAUUCA